AUGGCCGAAGAAGACGCGGAGCGACAACCGGUAAACAAACCUGGCACGUCAUGCCUGGGCUGCCGAAGACGGAAAUUGAAAUGCACCCGAGAGACAGAGGGAUGUCAGAACUGUGUGAAGGCCGACUUGCCAUGCGUCUACCCGACACCAGAAGUCGGCGUCAAGCGAAAACGCGGACCCUACAAGAAGGAUAAACCGGCUCGUCAACGACAUUUGGAGGACCUCGUUCGAUAUCUCGAGCCCAAAAACUCGAGUUCAGAAGCCAAUGUCCAGCAAGAUACCGGUAGCUCUGGGCAGUCGGCGUCACCGGCUAAUGUUGGACAGACGCCGCCAGCUCCCAGCGAUCGACCCUCAUUCGGCCGUCCCUCUCUACACUCUGCGAACUCUGAAGACCUGGUGAAGGACGCAUUGAUAGCACUGACGAAGUCCUCGGUAUCAGAGCACGAAUCGCGCCAAGACGAUGGAGUCUUUCUCUCUCAUAAUUACGCUUUGCAGCAAGGCAGUGAGUUCAACGUCCCGCAUCCUCCUAUCCGACGAAUAUUGGAGUACUGGCAAAUCUUCGUUACCCGGGUGGACCCCAUGACCAAGGUGAUACACGCCCCAUCAUUCGGCAAGAGGCUCUUCAGCGUCAUAGACAAUCUAGGCACCAUACCAUCAUCCACGGAAGCCAUGUUGUUCAGUAUCUACUAUGCAGCCGUGAGCAGCUGCACUGCGCGCGAAUGUCGAAUACAAUUUGGAGAAAGCCAGGCUACUCUAAUGAGUCGAUACGGGCGGAAUAUCGAAGCUGCUUUAGGAGAGAACCACGAGGUGCCUGCUUUGGAAGCAUUGCAGGCGCUCGUACUGUACUUGGUAGGUGCCGGCUUGCAAGUCUCCAGUGGAUGUCACUGACAGGCGCAGAUCUGCAUCCGUCGACAGCAUGAUGGUACCAAUGCACGAACACUGUGGCAGCUGGGAGUCAGAUCUGCGCAGAUGGUUGGUGCACAUGAGGAUCCAGAGGGCAAGUAUCCACCGUUCGAAGCAGAGAUGCGUCGACGCGCAUGGUGCCAUCUCCACGGCCUUGAGAAUAGCGCAGCCGAAGCGGUACAGUCUCGCGGCAAGAGCAUUAUGUCGACCUCAAACGUCAAAUUGCCCUCCAAUCUGAACGACGACGACCUAUAUCCAGAUAUGACGGAGGCUCCUCGGGCCAGAAUUGGCAUAACUGACAUGACAUUCCCCACAUUGAGGUUUGAAAUUCACCGACUUGUAUCUGCGCUCGUUGCAAUGCGCCGGCAGCAGAGCUCUAGUUGGAAUCAUGGCAAUACAUUGAGAGAAUCUCAGAUGAUGUAUCUAGAUCAGGCCAAGGCGAGAUUCUGUGAACAGUACACUAACCACAUGGAUCCCUCACGACCCUACGACUGGAUGUGCUUGAUGUUCGUGGAGGGCAUGCUGGUAGGUCGGCGUCUCAGUCAGGAUCCUCCAUCCUCACUAACACUGCCAUAGAUCAAAGCGCAACUGGUCAUCGAUUUUCCUCUUGGAACAACACCGACCAAGACGAUGCCAGCUGACGAGCGAAUGUGCCUUCUAAAGUCUUCAGUGGGCAUCAUCUCCAUCACUCGCCAUUUGUCGGUAGAUGAUCGGAUCAGUGGCUGGCUCUGGUAUUUCCGUGGUUUUGUACAAUGGCAUUCCCUAGCAAUUGUCGUUGCGGAACUGAGCUGGAACGCGAACCCCGAAUUUGCAGACUUUGCAUGGCAAGUACUGGAUCCCAUCUUCGCCGACUGGGAUCGACUGUACAGAAUGAAGCGCGACGAGCCCGCUUGGGUGCAUGUCAACUCCAUGAUUGAGCGAGCUAGACACCUGAGACGACAAAGGCCCAAGCAGUCGCAUGUACAGAAGAGGAACAAGCCUAACAAUGCUGCGAAGGCAAGACCUUCGACUGGAAUCUUUCCCGACCCUACACUCAUGGGAAACACAUCAGCUGCAGCCCCGAGCUUCGAACCCUCAGACGCCUCAGCAGCUCAGGGGCUGGCGGCUCUGGCAGCUACAGAGGGCUCAUUGACACACGACACCUCAGGCGCACCAUCGUACCAUGUUCCAACCCCGGAGAGCAUUGUACAGGGCCCGCCACCUUCACAGUACUCUCAUACCACGCCCAUGAUGAACUUCGAUAUCAACUUCGCGCCGUCCGCAGAGAAUUUCGACAGCGUUGAUUUUGGCGCAUUUGAUGCGGUUUUUGGGAGUGCAAGCUGGGACAGUAUUGAGCUUUUGGAUCAUGUUAAUGCGCAAUUGGAAGAGGUGGAGAGACAUGGGAGAGCUCAUGAUGAGAUGGGGAGGGGAUGA